UCUUACCAGGGUUUCACAGUUCACAGUUCCGUGCGUCCGGCAUGCCGUGUAUUUGGAUACGUAUUAUCACAACAGUGCUAAGGUUUAAGCUUUUAUUCCUACCUGGAUAUUUUUGACUCGAGCAUUGGAUAUGUGCACGCGGGAUGGUGAAAACCCCUUUCCUCCCCGCAGAAGUAAGAUAAAAUAGGGUUUCGCAUACAUUGGAUUUACUCCUCUCGUUCCAUAUGAAGAAGUCAAAAAUUUGGAUACACGUCUGUGUCCAUUUAUUGCUCUGCAUCACGCUUGGAGUUUACUCAAGUGAAUUUGUAAACCCUGUGACAGAUGACAUCACCAAACUUUCACAAUUAAAACAAAAUAUUCCUAAAGAUUACAAGAUUCCUGUGCAUUACAUUCCAAAAGAAGAAAGUGGAAUGUGUUGGGUGAAGCUAAAUAUCUUCUACUUGGAGGAAAGUUUAAUAGAAUUGUCACUUAAGUUUGGAAAUAUAUCAUCUAACAAAUAUGAUAUUAGCAUCUUCAUCCAAAUGCUGCAAGACAUUCGGUUUAAGAUGAGGCCUUUGGAGGCUUUGAUGUUAGAUUUUGAGUGCCACUACAGAAAGGAAAGAUGGCAGACAGGGCGUUACUUUGAAUUGGUGGAAGAUUUCCUCAAAACAGCAAGUCAAGAAGAAUCAAGGAGAGAUUUGACAGACUGCGAGCCACCUUCCUGUCCCACAAUAACAACGACCACAACAACAACAACAACAAAAUACUCAACAGUCAAGAUCGCAGACUGUGAUGACUCAACACCAAACUGUAAAUCAUGGAAUGAGCCACUGAGGUUCUUGCCUGAAGGUGUGGAACAAAGUCUACUGUCGCUACUACUGCUCAUUCCAAUCGCUGCCAUUGUGUUUCUUUUAGUGUGGAAGGUCAAAGCUAGGAGGAAUGAUGAUUCACCAGGUCAGAACUCCGGAGAAGGAGUCUUAUUCACAGGGACGGAAGGGAACUCCCACCAACUAACCGAUGAAAGCUCUGAAAGAAACAGAUUGACCGUCAUUGAGACCGUGUAACUGUUAAACUUUGUUGGAAAUUGGUGUCAAAAGGAAUUCUAUUGAAGAGCAAGAAAACAACACAACCAUAAAACUGACAACUUAAUUUAAUCUAUCUGAUGAACGGCCUAUGUUACGCGUCCUGUCUAGAAACCUGUCUUUACCUUCCUAAACUAGUGGAUGACAUUGCUUAGACCUGCAAGGAAAUAUGUACAGUUACUGCACAUCACUCCACCUUGGUUCUGGAUAAGCUUUUCUUUCUUACCAUCAACUUGACUUCAACCACUGCCAGAUUUCAUGGAUGUGAAGCGAAAUGAGGAUUCUGGUCCACCUAAUGAAAACAUCUUGAGACUGGCACUGUCACAAGGACUUCAACAUCUGCUGCAUUGACACAACUCUGCAGGAAGAUUGAUCCAAAAGGUUUCGUGGUCAUGCUAUGUGGUCAUGUGGAUCUGGCACCGGGUUCUCAAGAACAGAGUGGAAAACUGACAUUUCUUUCAAUUUAAGGACUAAAGUGUAAAUGCCUACCUCUAGUCACCCUUACUUUGACCAUUUUCAGUGACUUAAUCUACCACUUCAAUCUUGGUUUCUACUGGACUACAAGAAAAGAAACAUUUUUGAACUCCUCAAACUGAAUCCUCUAUUUUAUUAUGGGCGCUGUGCUGACGAGGUUGUAUGAUUAAUUUAUUUAUUUACUCUGAAUGCUAACAGCAUCGUUUUGCUGCUGUUGAUUACACACCUGACAAAAAUCCAUAUGAUGUAACACACUAUAGUACAUGGACAGGAAAAGGACCAUAAGGGUGCAUCUCAAGGACAAAUAAGACACCCGUUAGGAUUUACUUUUUGUUGCAAUUGUACAUACUGUAAGCAUGUACAAAUUGUGUUCUCAUCCAAGACAACCAUAGUGUGCUUGUAUCACAUUUGACAGUUUCACUUGCAAGUGACAUACAGUACAUGUUCACGUUUGAUUAUUUGAUCAUUGAUGGCAUUUGAGUGGAUAAUGUGCAUGGAGAUAAACAACAGUGUAUACAGCAUGUACUGCUUUGACUAACAAACCUUAGGCAAUAACAGUUAUCCAUGUUGAUAAGACUGGAAGAUCAGAGUUUUGAUAUCCAGGCUUAUUUCUAUAAAAAUCUGAUAAUCUGAAAACUCUGGGUUAAUUGUCUGAUGCGCAAACAGAUAUUUCCCAAGUGAUCCACUACAUCAUAAUUCUAGAUACUGACCAGUUGUAUCAGCAAAUUUCACUCAUCUGCUUAGAGGUACUUCUGUACUGCUUAUUCAUCUAUGAGGUAUAUUUUGUAUGUUGCAUGUACACAGCUACAAUACAAUACAAAUAAAUAUUUUAUAUAAUAGUAAAAAUGAAUUAGAGUACGACACAUAGAUGGUUGUUAAAUAAAUUUCCCUGCAUGUAUUAAACUGUUUUCAAUUUUUUUUUAUACAUUAUUGGUUAAAGCGUCCCCCUAACCAACCGAAAUGUCUUAACAUUUGAUAUUGUCAAAUAUUAAUAAUUUUCCUACAGCACAACAAUCUGUACAUAUUUAUAAACAAAUGAUGAUGUAGAUUAUGGUUAACAUUGUUAUUACUUAUUUCACAAAUAAAAAAUCGAAAAUUCCACUCUAUAAAGUCUUACACCACACAUACCCUAACCUAGAAUAUAGAAUUGUUUUGAUUAUCAGCCAUAACCAAAAAUGAUAUCUGUUAUGACAGAGUGACACUUUGAUUUUUGCAAUUUCCUUUUCACAGUUUACUGUGGAGGUGAUCAUUUGAAGUUGUACCAUUUGUACCCAUUCACUGAUAAAAAUAGAAGAUAUUGCAGCAUUUGACACCAUUUAGUCACUAUUUGAGAUAAAAUGAAUAAUACCCAACCCAUGAUGGGACAGUCUUUACUGAGCCUCCUUUUUUUGUUCAACUUGACCAUCUAUUUGCUAUAGUUGUAAUUUGCGUUUUCUCUCUUACAUGUACCUUUUGGUGUUCUUACCAGCUUGCCAGAUCUUGGUUUUGUGCCUUGUUCAGAAUUAUGUUGUUAAUUCCACUAUGAACAGGUGAAACAAUGAUUAUGCUGUUUGAACUUGAGCAUGAGGGUCAUUGGACCUGCUUGUAGUGAAUUAUUAACCAUCACCAAACAAAUAAGACAAUCAGACUUGAUCAUGACCCCGUCUUUCAAAAAUCAAUUACUUCUGUUCAAUCUGUAGUUGUUUAGUUUAGACCUGUAUUUGUUUAAGUUUAUUGUAAAAUUCUGUCAGAAUAUUGAUUACUCUCAGCAUCUAUCAUCUACUAUAAACCGUAAAAUUCCAUGUGACUUUUAUGGUCUUGUGUGUUAACCCUCCACCUUUACUGAAUAACAGUACAGUACAGUAAAUGAGCCCAACAUUAUGUAUGCAGGAUCAUAAGUAUUUUAAAACAAUAAUAAUAUUUCUAUUACAUGAAAAUUCACUUAAUCCUCCAAACUGUUUACCCUACUAAUUUAAAGCAAUGCUAUUCAAAAGAAGUCGCUCCAAACUGAAAUUACACCUUAAGUUGCAUUGAGUUCCCUGUCUGCAUGCAAUGUUUUAACCAUUGUCAUUCUUAGGAAACCGUUCCAUUGGUAAACCUCUGUCUGAUUAAGCGUAUAUGGGCCUUUUUUAUUAGAAGUUAUAUUUAUCUUGCAAAAUGGAGUCUAUGUUAAUAAUACCACAUUGGUGUUCAUAUACGUUAGUUCUGAGCAAAUGUGAGAAGUCUGUUUCAGCGUGAAUAGCGGAAGAUGCUUGGUAUGGUUGAGUGUUGUUUUGUUCUGUUAAAGCUGAAAGAAAGAAACCUUCCUUCAAAUAAAUCACUUUAUACUGUAUGUGCUGUGGAGCAAAAUUAAUGCAAAUGAAAGUUUAGAUGUCAUCAAGCUUUUGGUAAAAUAGGCCAUAGGUGUUUAAACAUUUUGUGCUCAAGAACCAAAUGUUUAGCUAGACAUCAUCAUCAUCGUGUACAAAACAUCAAGAAUGACCACAAUAAACUGACUAUAAGGUAAUGUCAGCUAGCUAACUUCAGCAGUGUUGCAUUUUCUAAAAUGUUUGAAUGAAUACCACAAGCUGGAACAGGUUUUAAACUGUGAAGACAAAUAUGAUGGCAUCCUUCCUGUCUUUGUAAGAGCCCAGGAACACACAGCCAGAUGCGUGUAAUUUAUUCUGUGACUAAGCUGUUGUGCUCAGAAAGCAAUUUCCAUAAAGUACUGUUACCAUAUAAGUUCUUGUAUGUGUUGUUGGGCUUUUUGACAGUGAAAUGAACUGAACGGUGCUUUGGAGCUCUAGAUGUUAUGUGUCCCAUGCAUUUACAAGGGAAACCCAAAGGCUUUUGGCAGGAAAUUAAUCUGGGUGCCAAAAAGAACACAUAUAUAUGACACAGUUGAAAGCUGGGCGACACUCUACUGUAUUCUGUAUUUUUGUAUACAUGUAAACAAACAUAUAUAUGAGAUAUUAAUAAAGUACACUUAUCCAA